AGGUUUCAAUCUCCCUAUCUCUGCAGAAGUGGCACUCCGCCCCUCCUAGAAUAUAUAGUCACAGGAUCCACUUUCCAUAAUAGUGCUGUGAAAUAGAAGACAAACACUAUGCUAGUGGGCUAGAAACAGAGAAGUAAUAUGUGGAUUUACCACUUAAGAGUGAAUAAGGCUGAUGUUUAUAGAACUUUAAACCCCAAAUCACUUUUUAGUUGACUAAGAAAGUUACCAACCCAGAUCAUAAAGUACAUGCAGUGAAUAUUUUACACCAGAGAAUGUAAUAUAAAUUCAAAUAAUUAUGUACUGCAGGUUGGAUUAAAGUAAAUUUGAAGCAUUAAUUAUUGCACAACUGUGACUUAAACAACGUGCCUCCAAUAAUGACCAUUAAAUAUAAAACAAAUUCAACAUCUGCUGAUAAAUUUGGAUCACCUGUAUAAAUAUGAAAUAUAAAUGAUAUUUGUGAGGCUAGACAGUUCUGUAUGCUAGGUACUGAAUUCCUGAAAAACCGUGUACAAUGUUGUUGAAAAUCAACAUGAAUCUUAGAGAAUUGGAAAACUUUGCAAUUUUUGUGAGUUUGUCCCACUUGUUAUCUGAAGGCUCUUAUAUAAACUCGGAUUUUGAGAGAGAGAGAGAGACGGAACACAUGGUCCUUAAACUUAUUUGACAUUGUGCGAUAUCCUGAGAUGGGGUAAAACCAGUGUAGUUCCCACUGACUUCAAUGGAGUUAUGGUAAUUUAUACCAGCUGAGAAUCUGGCACAUUAAAUACUCAUUAUAUGUUAAAUCUGUAUCUUAUAUGAUCUUUCCUUUGUGUUUUAUCUUAUAGGUUCUGAACCAUGGAUAAUCUCAGUAAAGCAAAUACCACCUUUGCACUCAACCUAUUCAAAAAGCUGAGUGAAAAUGCCAAUACAGAGAACUUAUUCUUUUCUCCUUUGAGUAUCUCCUCUGCUUUGUCCAUGUUUUUUUUGGGUGCAAAAGGUAACACUGCAGCCCAGUUGGCAAAGGUGCUUUCUCUGGACAAAACUGAAGACAUUCACGAUGGAUACCAGUCCCUUAUUUCUGAAAUUAACAAACCAGGCACUAAUUAUGUGCUUAGGAUUGCCAACCGGCUCUAUGGGGAAAAGACUUUUAAAUUUCUUGCAACAUUUAUAGACUCCUGCCAGAAAUUCUACCAUGCAGAGCUAGAACAACUUGACUUCUCUAGAGCUGCAGAAGAUUCCAGAAAACAUAUAAAUGCUUGGGUAGAAGAAAAAACUGAAGGUAAAAUCCAGAAUCUGUUGGUUCAGGGUAUUGUUGAUUCAAUGACCAGACUGGUCUUGGUGAAUGCCAUCUACUUCAAAGGCAACUGGGAAACCCAAUUCAACAAGGAUCGCACAGUGGAAAGGCAAUUUAAAAUUAACAAGCUGGAAAGAGAACUUACCCAUGAGAAACUUAUAGAGUGGAUAAAUUCAGAAAUGGACUAUAGUGAAGUGGAGGUAUUUUUACCCAGAUUUAAGGUGGAGCAAGCUUAUGAUCUGAAGCCUGUUCUGAAGAGCAUGGGAAUGGCUGAUGUAUUUGACAAAAAGAAGGUGGAUUUAUCUGGAAUGUCAGCCAGCAAUGACCUAGUUCUGUCUGAGGUUGUUCACAAGUCCUUUGUGGAGGUAAACGAAGAAGGCACUGAGGCAGCAGCUGCUACAGCAGUGAUCACUAUGCGAUGUGCACUGAUUGUACCACGGUUCACUGCUGACCAUCCUUUCCUCUUCUUUAUCCGGCACAACAAAACUGGCAACAUUCUGUUCUAUGGCAGAUUUUGUUCCCCCUAAAAAGAAAAAAAUGCAGCCAUUAACACAGUGAAGUUAUUUCCAUUGUACUAUCUUGGGAUUUGAUUUUUUUUUUGGCAUUCUAAGCAACAAGAUUUGUAUAGAUGCUGAAUGUUACAUAGUGCAGCCCUAAACACCCUUCUUUUGUGUGCCUGAAACAGCUUUUUGUAGUCCUCUAUUCAAAUUUAAGCAACAGUUUUAAAUAACAGGAUCAUUUAAGAAUGUCUGUUCCAAGUGAUAAGACUUAAAAUGGCAUUUGCUAUAGUUCACUGGAAAAACCCCUUGUAUCCUGUAUAUCUAAAUAAAUGCAGAUUUCUUUAGCUUGAGUCCUGGCUCAUCUUUAGCCAUAACUACUUGCUUAAUGCAUCCCUCCAUCUCUGUACAUAUUCCCCUAGAAAUUUGGUUCUCAUACUUGGGGUUGCUUAGCAACAAGUGGUAAGAUCUUGUGGGGAGAGGAAAAAGAAAGAAGACUGUCUUCUGACUGACCUCCAAAUGCUUUUUUGCAAAUUUCCCUUCUCCCUGUCUCAUUUUCCAGACUGGUUCCUUCCAUGUCUAGCUGUGCAGCCAUCUAACAGAUUUUUAUGAACGAUACUAACACAACUGUCAUUGGGGAAUAAUUGAGCAAGUACUUAUUCAAGACAAGGAAGUCAACUCUACUGCAGUCAAUGGUAAAACUUCUUAUUGACUUCAGUGGGGUCAGAAUUUCACUCUGCAUGUGUCUUAUCACUAGUUAACCUGGGUUACACUAAUGUUUUUAACACUUGUGAAAUAGGACACACAUUUCUAUCUAUAGCAAAGAUAAUAAACUUCCAGGACACCAUACAGUAAGUUAAAUGCGAGAGCUCUCAUUUGUAUCUAAUGUAAAAAAAACCACAAAGGCAAUAUGUAACUCAGCAGUUUGUAUAUCUUUUUUGCUCAGACUAAUAAUGCUAAACUGUCCAGCCAUAGUGGCUUUAUACAGUGAUUUUGGUCUUGCUGUUUCUGCUCCUUGAGCCAAAAAUAAAGGAACUGAUGUGAA